CUUCAAGAUAUGCGAUCUGUUUCGUUUUCGGUGCCUCACCCUGUAUAAAUUAUGAUGUAUUUAUUAGGCAAACUGGUACUUUUUGAGGUAAGAUGUAUAUUAUCCUUAGAAAUGAUUCAUCUUCUCUCCAAAACAAGUUUAAAUGAAUGAAUGUUUUUUUACAGUUUCUUUAUUGAUCUUUUAUGUUUACAAAUUACCAGGACAACCAUGUUUCCAGUUAUUUAUUCGAUAAAUUUGAUGUAUCAAAAGCUAUCCCAACACUAAAAUAAAAUAAUUUUAGUAAAUAAAAUUGGUAAAUUUGUGAUCAACAAACAAUGCAACACAUGGAAGAAGAAGCCAAAAAUGUGAUUAAAUCACUGAAACCCAUAGAAAGAUUAUUUCCAAAAAAACCACCUUAUCUAUUUUGUGGAGAAUAUUUAGCAUCAAAACAAUUUACCAGAGAAUUACCAAAAAAAUUGCCAAGAAAAAACUUUAAUUUUGACAAUCUUGCUGAGAGAAGCGUUGCAACAAAUUACCAUUUUGUUCUGAAGGAAUACUUCAAAAUUGAAGAUGAACUACAAAAAACUAGGGCCGAAGCCGCAGACAAGCGCCAAUCUAUGGACCAACAGUGGAAAGAACUAGAAGAAAAAGAAUUAGAAUUAAGAAAUACAUUCAUAGAAUUCGAUGAGUUUGUGGAACAGAAUAAACUGAAACGUGAAAGGGGUGCAAAAAAGAUAGAAGAGCUGCUUAUUCGUACGGCUAAAAAAUCUGAAGAAUUAGAAAAACUUCAAAAGGAAUACGACCAAAUAGUUGCACUUCGGAGUGCAUUAGACAUUGCCAACAAAAACGUCUGUAUUUUUGAGAAAUUUUUGUUCGAAGUCGCCAAAAGGGAUAAGGUCAAUUUUGGAACAAUUGAUAGAAUUUUUAGUCGAUAUACUGCAUUGGUAAAGGCCAGACAAGAUUUAACAGAUCGGUAUAAGAAUUAUAUGGAUGAAUUAGAAAUAAUUAAAAAAACAACAGAUAAAAUCAUUUUCGAAAAAUAUAUCCAAAUUGAAGGAAUGCACAACACCAUUACCGACCUGCAGCGGCGUCUAGAAACGUCCAAAAUAAAGGCCAGAAAUGCCGAAAAAUUCGUACAGCAAGUCUUUCUUGCGGGUCAAAAGAAAGUCCAAGAAACCGAAUACGCCAAACAAUCCUGUUGGCAGAUCUACGAACACAUUUGUCAGAGGAAAAAUAGAAAGCCAAUUUAUAAAGAUGACCCAGAAAAGCAGCUUGACGUCAUUAAGAAGUGCUUGAGGAAGUUGGGAUUGGUUAAUAGGAUGGUAGAAGCGUUAAAUGACGAAGAUUGGACUCCUCCGACUGAAAGAGAGUCUAGCGGUGACAGUAUCGUCGCAAAUGUCGUUACUAGGAUUUUAUCGUCGAGAAAAUAAUGUUUUAUACCAAAAUAUAUUCGUAAUAUAGUAGUUUAAUGAAUUUUUCGAAUAAAAUAACAGAUUAAAUUUCUUUUAAAAUAAACUACCCGUUAGUGAUGCCGUGAGAUGAGACGAUAUACUAUAGUCUUAAAUAUACCAAUAUGUCAUUCUAAAGUA